GCAUUACCCCGCCAUUUCUGGUUGUGGUCUUGUAAACUUGUAUGUAGGAGAUCUAAAAAUCUGGUAAUCCUCUCUUCCUCUUUCUCUCACUCACAACUCAAAAUCUCAUAGUACUACUAGUCUACUGGAUCAUCGUUUUUCCCCAAAAUAAGCGGGAACUAAUGACUUUCUUCCAUUUUCUCCAAAACACAUCGUUGAAGAGCAACUGACAGUUGUCUGAAUUUCAGUUGCUCUUUUUUUUUUAAUCAAUCAUUUUCAAAAAAACCAAAAAAUGACGGUUGAAGAGCAAAAUCACGAGUCAAUCAUCAUUCCCAUGCUCCAGGAGAGAGAAGACGAAGAUCAAAGAGAAAGCAAAGAAUUUGACCUGGGAUUUGAUGAGCCUGAAACCCCUUUGCCUCUUACUGUCACUUCUAGGGUGCUGUAUAUGCUGGGGGACUUGACUGCAGGUCCAGCUUACAGGUUUACACAAUGGUUGGAAUUGGUUCGUAAGCGAACCUCUCAGUAUCGGUCCUCUGGCUUCCCUCAUCGCCCCCCGAGUUUAAGUCUUGCUAUGCCCUUAAGAGCAGGGGAAUUAGAUAUUGGCUCAAAAGAUAAUUCGGAAUCUGAGCAAGCUACUGAAAUCAAUUUGUGGGAAAAGCUUGGUAAAGCUGCUAUGUUGGACAUUGAAUCAAGCUCCUUCUGCUGGGACAACCUCUUCUCACUUCAUCACACAGAGCACAGUGGCAGCACUGAACAUUCUGAUGACGAUAUGAGUAAAGCACUAGAGGUAACUGUCAAUUCUGGAGGAGUUGUCUUCUUUGCUUUUUUCAAUCAACCUGUCAAAGAUGAUUGCAAAGUUAGAGAAGCUGCUGCUGUGGUCAAGUUUUCAUCUUCAAGAAUGGCGACACAAUCAGAACGCCUUGGCUAUGAAUUUGCAAAAUGGCUAGGAGUUCGAAUUCCUCAGGCAAGAGUCAUCCAUAAUACAAGCUCAGAAUGGCUGCGGAUAAAGGAGGCUGCUGAAAAAGCUAGAUCUGGAGCUGUUUUGGAAAGAGAUGAAGUUGGUGAAAUGACAUGCUCUGAACUUCUUGAAGCUCUUGAACUGAGCCGAUGCCUUCUCUUAAUGAAUUAUGUACAUGGCUCUCCUUUGUUGGAGAACCAAAAUGCAUUCAAUUCCCCAGAUUCGGCAGCGAAGGUAGCAUCAGCUCUUGGGAGGAUUUUGAUGCUAGACCUUGUUAUUAGAAACGAAGACAGAUUACCUUGUAAGCAGUUAGGCUGGCGCGGCAACUGUGCUAAUUUAUUGUUUGCUGACAAAAAUGCCUCUGCAAAUAGGGACUUGUUGGAGGAUGCAUAUGAUUCUGCAAUGAGAAGGUACAGACCAAGAGUGGUCAGGGCUCUGCAGAAGGAGAGAAGGGCAAAUUCUGUUGAUAGUAGAUUGGACUCCCAAAAUGCUGGAAUGAACUCGAUGAAAUCUGAUCUUUCUGAUGUGAUGGAAUCUCCAAGACCCAGUAGAGUACCUGUGGAUGAUCAACAUAUGCAUGAAAUGGGUGAUCAUGAUUUUAAUAUUGUGGCAAUUGACUCUGGUGUUCCUCGCCGACCUCCAGCUGGGAAACGUGCAAAUGACCAAACAAAUUAUCCAAGGCUGGUGGAGCUGCUUCUGAAUAGCUCCGCAUAUUCUUCAACUUUACUACAUGAAAUAACUGGAGGAAAAUUUGGGUAUCCCGAAGCUGAUAAGCUGAAGGAUUCAUGCUCUACUGACAUGAGGUCCAUUGUCCAAGCAUUUCGGAGUGGGUUUCGUGCUGCUCUGCGAGACCUGCAGGGUUUUCAUAUGUUCCUGCUUACACUGAACCAAAAACUUGAUUCAGUUUUGCGCACUUUUAUGAGUAUAGUUAACCGAAAUUCCUCGGGGGAAUCAGAUAAAGAGGAUUUCAUGGUCCCUGAGACACCAAUGUCUAUUGGAGUCCAUUGCCCUUCUCCCGCUUCACAUACCAAGGAUCACACAGCAAAUGAUAAUACUCCUGUCUUAAAUGACACUGAUAUGCAGAGAACUGCAUAUAAGCAAUGUUCUUCAGGAUUUAAAGAUUCUCCCGACUCUACUUCUCCUAGUGCACGAGAAAGCUACCAAGGAAAGCAUGCAAAAUGGAGUGGUGAGCCUCUUCGUUGCUUGCGUUUGACAACAAAACUCCGGGACUUCCAUAAAUACGCCAAGGUUGAUGCUGAAUUGAGCAAAGAACUGGAACAAUGGAAUGAAAUUCUGCGAAGUGAUGUAGUCAGACUAUGCCAGGAAAAUAAUUUUAAUCCUGGUUUUUUUGAAGGAAGUGAUCACAACACUGUGGUUGAUGCUUAUGAGUUGAAGGUCAGGCUGGAGCAUAUCCUUGAGAGGAUAUCGCUUAUCUCUGAUGCUGCUAACACAGAGAAGCCAUCUUUAAUUACAAAUCAUUUGUUCAUAAGUGGAGCACUGGCUGCUAGAUCUGUAUACACUCUCCAGCAUCUAGGAAUCACACAUGUUCUCUGCCUUUGUUCAAACGAAAUUGGACAGUCAGACUCACAGUUCCCUGACUUGUUUGAAUAUCGGAACUUUUCUUAUUACUUUAUGGGACAGAUUAGUGACGAGGAAGAUUCAAACAUCAGUACAAUUUUCAAUGAAGCUUGCGACUUCAUAGAUGGUGUUGAGAGAGCUAAUGGGAAGGUGUUGGUUCAUUGCUUUGAAGGAAGAAGUAGAAGCGCAACACUGGUUCUUGCCUAUCUCAUGCUCAAGAAGAACUCAACUUUGUUAGAGGCAUGGAACAUCCUAAAGAAAGUCCACCGGCGAGCCCAACCCAAUGAUGGGUUUGCUAAGAUUUUGCAAGACGUUGAUAAAAGAUUGCAUGGGAAGGUUUCAAUGGAGUGGCAACAGAGGAAGCCUUCCAUGAAAGUUUGCCCGAUAUGUGGGAAAAACGUCGGAUUGAGCAGUAGCUCACUAAAACUUCAUUUGCAAAAAUCACAUAAGAAGCUAUCAUCAGGUAGUGUAGACAGUGCAAUGACAAUGGAAAUACAAAAAGCAAUAAGAGCACUUAAUAUCAGCCGAGGAGGUAGUGUUAGUCCGACUCAGAGAGAAUCACCAUCAAUGCUGGAAUAAGUUAUUUGGCACUCUUUUUCUGUUGUUGUUGUAUAAAUAAGAGAUAGUUUUACAGCAAUGAGUGCCAACUAUUGUACCAUUCACUCACCUCAAUUCAUUAAAAGCUUAUUUUGAAUCCAUGUACCAACUACCAAAUAGAAAGCAUCCAGCAAGAAAUUGUAAUAUAUGGUCUCAAA